CUCUCUCCUCAUCCAUCUCUUCCUUGGCUCUCUCUCGCUCCAUCUUCACCUCAUCCAGCACUCAGGAGACCCUUUGCCAGUCUCCACAGCAGCGCGGUAGCAGCAGAAGCGCCGAGAUGCCCGACACAAUCAUGUCCAAGGAGCCCUCUUCCAACCUGGAAAGCGCCAUGCAGAUGCUCAUUAAAACUUUCCACAAGUACUCGGGCAAGGAGGGUGACAAGUACACGCUGAGCCGAGGCGAGCUCAAGGAGCUGCUGCUGGAAGAGCUGGGAAGCUACUUGGGGAACUCCAAAGACAAUGAGGCGGUGGAGAAGGUCAUGAACGACCUGGACGCCAACAACGACGGCGAGGUGGACUUCACUGAGUUCAUCAUCCUGAUGGGCGCGCUCACCGUGGCCUGCAACGACUUCUUCCUAGAAUUCAAGACGGACGACAAGCCCAAGGGCGGCCAGUUGGCGGAGUAG